UAUGUCAGAAAUGGGCUUUUUUGAUUACUGGUGAUUACGGCGAUGCAGUGUUGCCAGAUAUUGCUAUUAAGAUGAGCAAAAGCCCAUCAGUAAAUAAAAAUAAACUGAAUAUAUUACAAAUCUUUUGCAAAUAAGAUAAGAUAAAGAUAUCGCUGACCCUAAACCGCAAGGUCCUACAUUAUUAACUUUCUAAAGUGUCAAAUUAAGUGGGAAAGACAAGUCAAAAACGUGCAUAUUAGCUGGAUUUGGCAACACGGAGACUGCACUCGCGUCCUCACUCGCAACUCUCUCAAGCCUCGUUCACUCCGGCAGCGUCCCGCAGCGAUCAUUUUCAUACCACGGACGCUAAACAUUCUUGCAAACUGUCUAAACUGAAUUAUACAUACAGACAUAUGAGGAGUUUAAUAGCAAAUUGGUCAUUCAGAGAACAAAUUUUAUUUUUGAACAUGAAAAAUUUACCGAGGUUCGGACCUCGGUGACCUCAUAGUUGGCUACGGGCCUGCGCGGAAGUCUCCCCCGAUUAGAACGGUGCUUUACAUUUCCGGGUUUCUAGUCACAUUACAUAUUUUCAGAGCAGAUAAUAUAAUGUGAAACCUAUGAAAGUCAUUUUAAAAAAUCAUGUGGCGCCAUUGUUUCAUCACUUUAGUGUCGCAAUGACCGUCUUUUUGCAGUAAAGGACCAGUCAUAGUUCAAUGAGUGGGAAGAUGACAUGAAGCGACGCGAGGUUAAGCUGCAUUGAAAACAGAUGAGUGCACAUACAGCUCCCGAUCGGGGUGAAGUUCAUGGGAUUUUGUACACAGAAUGAUAAGAGCAAACAUUACUUUAACAUAUAUUAUUAUUUCACACUCAGUAUUUUAACUUAAGCGCUGCAAGCCAUAUAUACAGUGCCUGACAAGUAGGGCUGUGAGAUUAAUCGAAAUCGAAAUAAAAUCGCGAUUUGAGCUUGCGCGAUUUCUAAAUCGCUUUAUUGCACGAUUUUUUCCGCGCGCCCGGCCCCAACCUCCCGCAGUAUGCUAUCCGAACCAAUCAGAAUGCAGCGCGCCUAAAUUGAGCGCGAGAACAGAACAGACCGGGCAUACAGACAUAGUAUGCUACAGAAACAGGGAAGAUGAGUUCAGAACAGGAUAAGGACUUGGUGCCCAAAAAAAAAUCAACAUCUGUUGUGUGGGACUACUUUGGAUACAAGAGAGAUGAUUUAUCACAGAGCCAGGUAAUUUGCAAGACUUGUCAAUCUGUCGUUGCGGCAAAACAGGGUAACACAACAAAUCUAUUUCAACACCUGAGGCAGCGCCACAAAGAGCUCUAUGACCAAUGCAUGGCAAAAAAAUCCCUGGACAUGAACGAAAGUACAUCCCAAACACAUUCGGAACGAGGUGAACAAAAAUCAAUAAUACAGGCAUUUGCGAGCUGCACACCAUACGAAAAAAGUUCAAAAAGGCAUAAAGAAAUAACCGACGCUGUCACGUAUCAUUUAUGCAAAGAUAUGGUACCCGCAAAUAUUGUCAGUAAAGCCGGCUUCCAAAAAAUGAUACAGACCCUUGAUAAGAGAUACCAACUGCCAUCGCGAAGUUAUUUUUCAAGAGUUGCCAUCCCUGAAAUGUAUUCCAAAUGCAAGGCCAGUGUUGAAUUGGAGUUAAAUCAAGUGAAAUACUACGCAACUACUUCAGAUAUGUGGUCAAGCAGAACAUCAGAGCCUUACUUAAAUUUAACGGUGCACUUCAUUAAUGACAAUUUCGAAAUGAAAAGCCGAUGCUUGCAAACGUCAUACUUCCCUGAUGACCACACUGGAGAGAAUCUGUCUCAGGGUUUGAGAGAUGCUCUGGCUUCCUGGGGACUUUGUGAGGAGCAGCAAGUGUCAAUCACCACAGACAACGGAUCGAACAUUGUGAAGGCUGUCGCUCUAAACAAAUGGACAAGAUUACAAUGCUUUGGACAUAGACUGCAUCUUGCAAUCGAAAAUGCAGUUAAGGAUGACUCUCGCAUUUCCAGAGCCACAGGUUUGUGCAAAAAGUUGGUUGGCCAUUUUUCUCAUAGUUGGAAGAAGAAGGUGGCAUUAACUGAAGCCCAGGAAGAACUUCAGCUUCCAAAGCAUGCACUCAUAACAGAGUGCCCAACAAGGUGGGGCUCAAGGCAACGGAUGAUAGAACGAGUUUUGGAACAACAGAAGGCUCUGUCUCAGAUCCUUUCAGCUGAUCGCAAAACAAGACACCUGGUUCCACAAUGGCAGGACACAGAUGUCCUUGAAUCUGUGAGCAAGGCACUGAAACCCCUGCAGGAGUUCACAGAUGCCCUGUCUGGCGAGGACUAUGUCAGUGUGUCAUAUCUGAAGCCAGUUCUUCAUCUGUUCAACACAAAGAUACUGGCUGUGAAUGAUGAGGAUUCUGACCUGACCAACACAAUAAAAUCCAAAAUUCUUGAGUACAUUAAUAAAAAUUACGAUGAUGAAGAUACCCAAGAACUGCUGGAUAUGACGUCAUUCCUAGAUCCAAGAUUCAAGACAAAUUACAUUGCUGAAGACAAACUUCCAAACAUCAAGGCCAAGGUGAUGUCUGAUAUGAAAGAGGUAUCACACAAGGAUGCAGUGAAUUCUGAGAGCACCACAGGGAGACAGAAUGUAGACACAGUUCUACCUUCAUCAGCAAAAAAAACAAAGAAGUCUCUGGGCAGCUUUUUUAAGACUGUCUCAGCCAUGCCAGCAUCUCUGCAGCUUGAAGAAGCCAUUGCAUCUGAGAUGAACAGCUACCUGUUUACUCCUCCUAUCGACAGUGAGGAAGAUCCUCUUCGAUGGUGGAAACUACAUCAAAUUAACUUCCCAAGAUUGAGCAAGCUUGCACAAAAAUAUCUGUGCAUUCCAGCUACAAGCUCACCAUCUGAGAGGGUGUUUAGCACUGGAGGGAAUGUGGUGACAUGCCAACGUUCAUGCUUGAAACCUGAAAUGGUGGACAUGUUGGUUUUCUUAGCAGAAAACCUUUAAACAUUUAAAGCAGCUAGAUUCUGCCACUGUUCUAAUUGUAGUUAUUUGAGAGACUUUAGUCUGGGUUGUUUUUGUUGUUGUUUUGUUGGUUUGAUUACUCACAUA